AUGAGCUCUUCACCACCCUCAGACGUAGAGUCUGUCCUCUCAAAGACUUCCAGACCCUACACCAGCGCCACUUCCUCACCCCCGAGAGAGGGCUCCGUGGAAGCCAUUGACAGCGAUUUUCAACGCAUGAUCGAUGAGGAAGAGAAAGUCAGAGCGACCAACGAUGCCGCCGAGAAGAAACGCAAGGCCGCGCUUCUUGCCAAGCGCCGCAAGAAGAAGAAGGUCGAAUUCACCAAGGAGGAGAGAGAAAAGAAGGCCAAAGAGUUGGAUGACCUCCUCGCCAAGUCGGCGGCCUUCUCGGACAUCUUGACAAAGAAGACCGAGGUUCUGGGACGAGUUGGCUCUAGCUUGGAGGGAGAGACUCUAGGAGCCCACGAUUUGACCAUGGCUGCGCAACCGAAGAUCAUGAAGGGAGGAACCAUGAGAGAUUACCAGCUCGAGGGGUUGACAUGGAUGUACGAGGUGUGCCUUCAAGGCAUGUCCGGAAUUUUGGCCGAUGAGAUGGGUCUUGGCAAGACUGUCCAGACCAUCUCUCUGAUCGCGAAGCUCCGUGAGGAAGACUACCUUGGCCCUCAUCUCAUUGUUGCCCCUCUGAGUACGCUUUCCAAUUGGAUGGAUGAGUUUGAGAAAUGGUGCCCUGAGAUCCCGGUCGUUCUGUAUCACGGCGACCCUAAGAAUCGAGAACGUGUUAUGAAGGACCAAAUCGCCAAGCACUACGUUAAGAACCAGCCGACGAAGCGAUUUCCUGUCGUCUGCACUUCCUACGAGAUGGUACUGCGAGAAAAGGCUGCCCUCUCCAAGUUCAACUGGGCCUUCAUCAUCAUUGAUGAAGGACAUCGCAUGAAAAACUUCGAGUCGAAGUUAUUCCAGGAGCUCGAGAACUUUCGCUCGGCCACAAGAUUGCUUAUCACUGGCACGCCUUUGCAGAACAAUCUCAAAGAGCUGUGGGCGCUGCUUCACUUCUUGCUCCCGGGCAUCUUCAAGGAAUGGGAGGUCUUUGAGAGUUGGUUUGACUUCGACGAUCUACAGGACGAAGAAGGCACGGAAGAAUUCAUCGCGGACCGCAAAAACCAGGAGAUCAUCAAGAAGAUCCACGUCAUCCUGCAACCGCUUCUCCUUCGUCGAGUCAAGGCAGAUGUUGCCGCUUACUUGCCCAAGAAGCGGGAGUACAUCCUCUUUGCUCCCAUGACAAAGGAGCAAACGGACAUGUACAACGCGAUCCAGGAUAAGAAGGUCGACACCCGUACUUUCCUCGAGAACAAGGUCGUCGAGCGUCUCACCGCAGUGAACAAGUCUACACCGAGCUCCCGCGAAAGAAGCGUCCGUCCGGAAGUCAAGGCGGAGGAGGAAACGCCGGCGAAGAAGCUCGAGAUCCCCAUCCGCAACAGCCCUAGAAAGGUCAAGUCGGAAGCUGCUUCGGAACCCAAGAAGACGAACGCGUUUUCGGCGAUGAUGAACAGGGCUAGAAGCUCUUCGUCGAAGCCCAAGGAUGUCGCCAAGGAGACGCCCACUAAGACCGCCUCUCGUUCAAGCUCGAAGCGCAAGAACCCACCCACUGCCGAGACUCCUGAACCAAAGAGCGCCAAGUCAUCACGGCAAUCGACCCCCUCAGUCACAAGUCGAGGCCGCGUCACCAGAGGUCGCCGCCGCUACGCCGAGACUGACGCCGACGAUGAGGACAAGCUCUCCGAUGACGAGUUCGAGGCUCGAUUGGUCAAAGAGGCCGAGGAAGACGAGAAAGAUGACGAUGAUGUUGUCUUGUCUGCGGAAGACCAGUACAAGAAGAGCAUCACGGAGCACGCGAAAAAGGAGCUGGCGACCAAGAAGCUGGGCAACCCGAUCAUGCAGUUGCGCCUGGUUUGCAACAGCCCGCACAACUUCUUCGACCCCUGGAGCUACGAAGGCGCGCCUCCUGUCGACGAGAGUAUCGUCACGGCCUCUGGAAAGAUGUUACUCCUUGAUAGGCUCCUCCCCACGCUGUUCGAAAAAGACCACAAGGUCUUAAUCUUCUCCCAGUUCAAGACGCAGCUGGACAUUCUCCAAGACUACUGCGAGUUGCGCAAGUGGAACGUCUGCCGCCUUGAUGGUUCAGUCAGCCAGGAAAGUCGUCGCGACCAGAUCAAGGAAUUCAACGAGAACCCCGAGUUCAGAAUCUUCCUGCUUUCGACCCGCGCAGGUGGUCAGGGCAUCAACCUCGCCAGCGCCGACACUGUCAUCCUCUUCGACUCCGAUUGGAACCCCCAGCAGGAUCUUCAAGCCCAAGACCGGUGUCAUCGCAUUGGCCAGACUCGCCCUGUUAUUGUCUACCGCCUUGCUACCAAGGGAACCGUGGAGGAGGAGCUACUGUUGAGCGCGGACGCCAAGCGCCGCCUGGAAAAGCUUGUCAUUAAGAAAGGAAACUUCAAGUCGAUGGGCCAGAAGAUGGACCUGAAGGAAGACCUUGACGAGAAGACUCUCAAGACGUUGUUGCUGAAGGAUGGCCAAGUCUUUAAGUACUCGGGCUCUCACGAGAUUCUGAGCGACAAAGAUCUUGAUGUUCUUUGCGAUAGGAGCGACACAGCAUACGAUAGGGCCGCCGAGGGCUCCGGUAAUGCUGAUGGGUACAAGGUCAUCGAGACUGGCACCGACGGCAUCACAAUUGCUGGCCAGGCCAGUGCAUGA